GUCUGGAGAUUUGCGGUCACUUCCGGUCCGAGCAAAUCUUCAUUUACUUACCUACACCUCGUGGAAGCCUACCUGGUCCCAGCAGAUCCUGAUUCUCCGGUUUUCAGCUGCCUGAGUCCUAAAAACCGACUGGUAGUACAAGGGGCCUCAAUUAGCGGCGUCCAGUUACAAACC